AUGUCGCUGGCGCUGUCUCGCAUGCUGCUCGACAGGUUCUUCCCCGACGCCGCCAGCGUCGGCGAGACGCGGCCACCGAUGGACUGGAAGGAGACUCGGGACGCGCACGUGUUCACGAUGGACGUCCCGGGCCUGACCAAGGAGCAGGUGGCCGUCGAGCUGGUGGACGGCCGUAUCCUCCGCGUCCGCUGCGGCAAGCAGGACCAGGACGACGCCGCCGCCAAUAAGGGCGGCGCGGCGGCGGGCCACGAGGAAAAGAAGGAAGAGGACGGGGGCACCGACGGCGCCGUGACCGUGAGGUGGCACUGCAGGGAGAGGGCCGGCGCGCGCGCGUUCGAGACGCAGUUCCGGCUGCCGGACGACGCGGCCGCGGACGAGGUGCGCGCGGCCAUGGCGGACGGGGUGCUCACGGUGACCGUGCCCAAGCGGAAGGGCGGCGGCGGCAAGAAGCGGCACCACGGCGGCAGCAAGCCCUCGUGCUGCAGGUUCUGGCCGUGA